AUGCCAUCUUCUUCAGAUCCAAAACAAGGCGAAACCAAGCGCAUCAUGUCUCGUGGUCUUCGUGGUAAGGAGGAUGCCCUGUACCUCAAGUGGAGUGAGGUCGUGAGUCCAAGCGAUGUUUUGCAUGAGCUUCUCAGCAACAGUGAUCAUGCUCGCACUCUCUUCCAUGGUCUGAGGCGCCAGGUUGAGUCGCUCCGCCGCCGUUCACUGUCCUAUGAUGAUGGCGAAGUCACAAUCUACGACCGAGUUCUCCUUCGUCUUUAUGACGAUGGACACACUAUGGAGCAUUACGGACUGUUUGAAUUCUACCUGGCUGAGCACCUGGGAACCCAAGACUGUGGCUCCGAGAAAGUCAUCAACUCCGUCAUUGCUGCCCACUUUGCCGCCCAGCGCGUUCUGGAUGAUGGCCCGAUCUCCAAUAUUCCAGUCAAUGCCAUCUCGACCGUGGAGCAGAUCGGCAAUGAUCAAAAGGACGGCAACUCGCUCCAGCGCUCUGAUAAACCGAAGCCAGCUAACCUCAACAAGCUCAUCCAGGUGUAUCAGAAAGCUAAGGCUGAUUAUUACAUCCUUGAGGUGACGGAGAGCCACCGUGAGCGAACCAACAGUGUCCGCUUCCUACGCGAUACUGCCGAAAACCUUUUGCGUUACCUGAAUUCAGUCGAUACGCACCACGAGUUGAUUCCCGAACUUGAAGACAUCAUCAAGGUCAGCCAGGCACAUGCAAAUCAACUCGCCGGCGGCCGCAAGCGCAAGUUUGAGCAUUCGGACAACGAUUCGACAGGUAGCCAAAGUGCCAGCCCCUACCGAUCCCAGGGAUACAGCCGCAUGGACCGAUAUGUCCCUGACGGUGAGGGAUGGGACCACAGCCAUGUGCUCGGAAAGACUAAAUGGGAUAGUCAUAGCCACAACAAGAAGAGCAGAUGGGCUCCCAAGACGCGCAGAUGGGCUCCCAAGGAAGAAUGGGACCACAGUCGUGCUUUCGACUCCUACCGCCCUUCCUAA